UCACGCCUCCUUCCCUCCAUCUUCUCAUGUCUAAUUUCGAGUUUCUACAUCUCCAAGGACAUUCUUCGUAAAUUCAACCACUAUCCAGGGGUAGUUUGGGCAUUUUAGCCACUUAAAAAAAUUAGGCUACUAGAAGAUUUUGAAGGGGAUAUUUGUCAGAGUACAGAAUCCUCUUCUUCUCUCUUGCUUUCAUACUCUUAUCAUCUUCUUAAACACGCUUCUGUCAGACAUUUUCACAAACACAUAGCCGACACCAGAAUUUCAUAUCAGAAAUGCAAGAUAUACACUCUCUUGGAGGCGGUGGUCGGUUAUUCGGCGGCGGAGGAGGUGACCGGAGACUAAGGCCACACCAUAACCUAAACCACCAAGCAAUGAAGUGUCCUAGGUGCGACUCACUCAACACAAAAUUCUGCUACUACAACAAUUACAAUCUCUCGCAGCCACGUCACUUCUGUAAGAGCUGCCGUCGCUACUGGACUAAAGGCGGCGUCCUCCGUAACGUCCCAGUCGGCGGUGGUUGCCGUAAAACAAAACGUUCCAAGCCAAAACAACAAAACGCUACCGCAACAGACACCACCUCCGCCGCCGUCACAACUUCUAAUACUACUCCAUCUGAAGCUCAACAGCAAGAGAACGAGAGAAAAUCGUCGAACUCGCACUCGAGUAGCGAAAGCUCGAGCUUAACGGCGACAAAUAUUACAACCGCUGCAAAUUUAGAAGCAGUAUCAGCUCAUUCAUCAAGCUCGGCUUCCAAUACAGUAAUGAACGGGCUUGACGAGUCAAAACUGUUCGUCCAUCCGAACAUGAACACGAGUUUUUCGAGCGGUUUAUUAGAGCAAGCAUCAGACUGUGGAAUAUUCUCAGAGAUUGGAAAUUUCACUAAUUUAAUCACUUCAACAUCUGAUCAUCAUCAUGAUCAGUUACAGUUCGGAUUUAAUAACAUGAUGAGCCACCAUCAGAGUCAGAAUCUGAUGCAGCAGCAAGGUAGUGGAGAGGAUAUGAAGAUGCAGGAGAUGAGGAUGAUGGAUGAUGAUCAGACGGUGCAUGUUGAGUUAUCAGGUUUGCAGAAUAGAUCAGGGAAUGGAGAUGGAUUUGGAGCGUUGGAUUGGCAAGGGAGUAACGGUGGAGAUCAGAGUUUGUUUGAUCUUACGAGUGGUUCUGUUGUUGAUCAGAAUAAUUACUGGAGCCAGAGCCAGUGGAGUACUGUUCAUGAUCAGGAUCAACCUGGUUUAUAUCUCCCGUAAUAUUCAUCUUCUUUUGUUUUUUUUUUUAUUCCUGAACUUUUUUAAAAGAGGAAUUAAUUAGAAGUUUAAUAAGAAAAAAACUCUCUUAAUUAACUAAAUGGAUUUAAAAAGAAAAUUAAGAGAAAAAUUAUGAAAGAAAUAUAUAGUAUAACGACUUGUUUUCUCAUUUAUGUAAAUUUUUAAUUCUUAAUAUUUGGGGUUUAAUUUGUUUGGGUUUGAAGUUUGAUAUUUUCAUGUUUGAUCAUGUGCAACUAACUUGCAUGUUAGUUCUUUGAUUUUCUAAUUUUUUUUUGAGGAAAAUAGGAGAAGUUUCUGAUGUAUUAUUAUCCGAAAUUUGAACUAAAUCAAAAUAUAUAGAGAAGAAAUUAGAGUUUUUGUUUGCUUAA